AUGGAUAAGCUUCACCGAUCCCAAACAAAAUUGACGACGAAUAUAACAAAUUUCUACGACAACUCGACCGUCAAGGUCGCCGUAGAAAAACAAACUCUGUCACAUUUUGAGACGCGGCUAGGUAUUCUCGAGAACUAUUGGUCAACUUUCAUUUCUCGACACGAGGACUUGCUCGAGUACGAAGAGCAGCUAGCCGGCGAUAGCUACUUCAAGGACGAUGUAUACUCGCUAGUUGAGCUGGCGUAUAGCGAUGCGAAAGCGCGCCUCUUGACGCGAAUUUCGGAGCUUAGGAGCCCCGCGCUGUUUCCUGGUCAACUUCCCGCGCCUAUUAUCAACGCUAAUGCUGCGGAGCAAUACGCGUCUUUGCCACGGAUUGCUCUGCCCACUUUCUCGGGUAAACAAGAGGAAUGGGAGAGCUUCAAGCAGCGCUUUUCUUCGAUUGUCGUCUCGAAGGCCACCGUCCCGCCGAUAGCAAAAUUGCAGCACUUGCUCAAUGCAGUGCAGGGCGCGGCUGCGCAACGUCUGAAGGGUAUCAAACUCACAGACGCAAACUUCGAGCUUCCAGCUGUUAAAGCUCGCAAUGUUGCGGAUCUUAACGAAACAAUGGAUCGUGCAGAGGAAUCGGUUCGCGCGCUAAUAGAUCUCGGUUGCCCGAUCGAGCAAACUAAUUAUUUUGUUGUUCAUUGCGUCAUUCGUAAGCUCGACUUAACGUCUCGCGAGGCGUGGGAAGUUUCGCAGGACCGGACGGUUGGCUUUCCUUCAUACGCAGAUUUAACCACUUUCCUGGAGCGCCGAAUUCACGCUCUCGAGCAGGCUCACGUCGGCUCGCAGUCGAGCGACGCCGGAAAAGCUAACUCGGCAUCAAAACAAAGCGGCGAUCGUUCUAAACGCGUCGUGGCGAACGCUGCGCAAACGGACGAGUCCGCCGGUACAACAAAGAGCUGCGUAGCUUGCAAAGGCAAUCACUACGUAAAUAGGUGCCGCGAUUUCAAAUGCAUGCCGGUAUCGCAGCGCUGGGAUUUAUGCAAACGCGAGAGGCUUUGCGUAAAUUGCCUGAGAGCGUCGCAUUUUGUGGAAAAAUGCCCCUCUCCCAAUCGUUGUGUGACUUGCGAUGCAAAGCACCACUCGAAGUUGCACUUCGAGAGAAUAGCAAAGCCGCGCAACGAGGAGAUUUCCUCGCGCGCUAGUGCCCCUCACAAGAAUGACAAUCCUUCGGACGAGCCUGCCGGCCCUUCUGUUGCUGCGUACAAUGCAUUAGUUUGUCGCACAAUUCUUCUUGCGACCGCUGAACUAAUCACGAUUGGCCCCAACGGCAAGCGGCUUCGCAUUCGCGCUCUUGUUGAUCCUGGGGCCGAGCGCUCCUUCAUUACGCAUCACGUGAUCUCAGAGCUGGGACUUCCUUGUAGUUCCGUGAACAUCAAGGUUGUCGGAGUAGGCGGAAGCGCUUCUUCUACAGCACACCGCGAAGCUGAACUCAAGGUGGCACCCCGAGGCGAAUCCAACUUAACGAUCUCGGUCUCGGCGUUAGUGUUGCCUAAGCUCUCUCAACCUCUGCCUUACAAGCAUGCGUUCUUCGAGUCUCGACAGAUAGACUGCAUCCUCGGUGCCGACGUCUAUCCGUCGGUCAUUCAAGAUGGGACAAAGUGCGGUCCAGCGGGCGCCCCUUUAGCUCAAAACUCCUCUUUCGGAUGGCUGCUCACGGGACCCCUGGCUAGCGUUGAGACAAGCAACACGAUGCACGUUCGCGCGUUUCACAUUCACACUGAUAAUCUACUUGCAGUAGAAUUACAGAAGUUUUGGGAAAUCGAGGAGGCGCCACGCAAAUCCUUGCUCACGAGCGACGAGAGCAAAUGCGAGGAGUCGUUUCAUCAGACUUCUUUUCGCAAUGCCGACGGCCGUUUCGUGGUUAAGCUGCCUUUCCAAAGCACGCCAAAGUUUUCCGCCUCUCGAGAUAUCGCCGCUGCUUGCUUCAUUCGCUCCGAGAAGCGCAGACAUCGCGAUAGCGAUCUCGCUGAGUCUUAUGGUAGCUUCAUGCAGGACUACAUAGACCAGCGUCACAUGGAACCCGAGCAAGAGAAGUGGCCUACUCAAGCUGCAGACGCCACUCCCAACGACCAGCCGCAGGUGUUCGCGGCGCAGGAGGAGAGACCCAAGGACGUCUCUGUGCACCCGUGCCUUCCUCGUUUUCAAAAGUUCUCCAGCUUUGACAAGAUCGUCCGGAUGCUAGCUUACAGCUGGCGUUGGCGCGUUCGCCCCAUCUACCAAGAACACCAGCCGAUUAAUCCCUUUCUUUCAGGCAAAGAGAUUUGGCUCGCCACUCUUCUCUGUUUUAGAAUUAUUCAGAGUCAUCACUUUGCUAGCGAGCUAGAGAGGUUGAAGCGUGACAGUUAUGUCUCCGCUCGCAGCCCUCUCCGUCAGCUGUCGCCUUUCAUCGACCAUAACGGAGUCAUUCGAGUCGGCGGCCGCCUCGAUCAUUCAGCGCUUCCGUACAGCGAGAGGCACCUGGUCAUCCUGCCGAGCCGUUGCACGAUCGUCAGGAGACUCGUCGAAGACACUCAUCAGCGGACCCUUCAUGGCGGGUUCCAACUAAUGCUGUCGCACUUGCGUCGUUCCGUUUGGAUUUUACGGGGCCAGCGCCUAGUGGUUGGAGUACUCCACCGCUGUGCUAAGUGCACGCGCCAUGCUGCACGGAGCCCUAGCCAACUCAUGGGCCAACUGCCGACUGCACGAGUCUCCCCGUCUCGUCCGUUCUCGCACACGGAUGUGGAAGUUACGGGCGAUCUCGCUCUCACUCCGGCACAUUUCCUGGUCGGCUCUGCGCUGCUCUCUCCCCCCGAGCCAUAUGACGAAGCGCAGAGGCCAAUGUCACCUUCCAACCGCUGGAAGCUACUUGUCGACCUUCGUAACUCAUUUUGGUCCAGCUGGAGAAAGGAGGUCCUGCAUCAGCAUCUCAAGCGAUGCAAGUGGCAAACUCCUCGAACAAAUUUACAAUAA